GGCAGUUGCAGAAGAUGAUCUGCUUUUUAAGUGAAACGUACAUGCCACCCCUCCGAGGGCUGCGGCUUCCCCGGGCUUGCUUUUUUGCCGCUCCUCUUUCCGGCUCUCGCGCUCACUCUUUAAUUGGCACUGGCCCCUAAGUUUGCCGGGAGCUCGCUGCCCGCUUGGAGCAGGGUCCCGGCCAGGAGCCGCGGGCGGGGGCGCGGAGCCCGGGAGCCGCAAUCCAGAAGCGUCGUGGGCCAUGUAUAUUUCAUCAAACGGACUUUGGGUGCGUCGCGUCUCACAGCCAUCAGCGCUAUGUGCAGUGACAUUUCUGACUUGAGUGGAGGAAUGCGCGAAGGAAACCCGGGCGAAAUUGGUACUAGAGGAUCUUCUUGGCGCCAAUGCUAAUUGUCCUGAUUUAUGCCCCUUCUGACUAAGCUCAACGCCUUCAUCUGAAAUAAAAUGAAAGCGGUGCCAAGCCGCAUAGAACCGCCUGGCCGCUGGUUCUGAUCCCCGGGAACCAGAAAAUCGUCCUGCGGCUUGGAAAAAAAAAAAAAAAAAAAAAAAGAGGAAAAAAAAAAAAAAGAAAUAGAAAUAGAAAAAAGAAAAAAUAUCCCUCAGUAAAAGUUUAAGGCGAGAAGUGUCAGAGGCAGCGGCGCGAGGAGGCGCGGAGGAGAGCCGGCGAGCAGGGGACUGGGCUGGCACGACCUCCGAAGGCUGAGAUCUCAUUAUUAAUAUCACUAUAUUUUUGGAGGGAGAGGCACCUUUCUCAUCCUCUCUUCCUCUCCGCCCACCCUUACUCCCUCCCCCUCAUCUACCUGUCAAAGUCACUGAUCUUUUGCAUUUCGGAAGAGGACGUCAACGGGAAGGAAUUCCCCCUCUGGGUGCCGGCUCCGAGAGGGGGCGACGUGCAGGAGGCUCCCCCCGGGGGCGGAGGCGAAGGGUGUUGGUGCCAGAAGAAAAGAAUGAUUGAUGGGAAACACACACCGGGCUAUAGACACUCAUCCUUUUGCUUCAGAUACUGAUAUCUCAGUCUGCCUGAGCAUCCCUUGUGAGCUGUGAACAUUGAGGAUCACUCAGGGUUAUCGGAUGUACAACGGGAGAGCCAUCACUUUGCUAAAUUAUUAUCUGCAGUUGGACAUCUUUUACAAAAACCAAACUAGACCUGAGUCUAAUAGAUAUGUUCUAAGACAAAGAAAAAGCUGCAAGUUGUUAAUGCCUAACACACAAGUAUGUUAGGCUUCCACCAAAGUCCUCAAUAUACCUGCAUACGCACAAUAUCUUAACUCUUCAUAUUUGGUUUUGGGAUCUGCUUUGAAGUCCCAUCCUCAUUUUUAAAAAAAAUACACAGACCUACCUACCCAUAUACAUACAUAUAUAUGUGUAUAUAUAUGUAAAAUAGACAAAGAUCGCAGAUCAUAAAGCAAGCUCUGCUUUAGUUUCCAAGAAGAUUACAAAGAAUUUAGAGAUGUAUUUGUCAAGAUUCCUGUCGAUUCAUGCCCUUUGGGUUACAGUGUCCUCAGUGAUGCAGCCCUACCCUUUGGUUUGGGGACAUUAUGAUCUGUGUAAGACUCAGAUUUACACGGAAGAAGGCAAAGUUUGGGAUUACAUGGCCUGCCAGCCGGAAUCCACGGACAUGACAAAAUAUCUGAAAGUGAAACUCGAUCCUCCGGAUAUUACCUGUGGAGACCCUCCUGAGACGUUCUGUGCAAUGGGCAAUCCCUACAUGUGCAAUAAUGAGUGUGAUGCGAGUACCCCUGAGCUGGCACACCCCCCUGAGCUGAUGUUUGAUUUUGAAGGAAGACAUCCCUCCACAUUUUGGCAGUCUGCCACUUGGAAGGAGUAUCCCAAGCCUCUCCAGGUUAACAUCACUCUGUCUUGGAGCAAAACCAUUGAGCUAACAGACAACAUAGUUAUUACCUUUGAAUCGGGGCGUCCAGACCAAAUGAUCCUGGAGAAGUCUCUCGAUUAUGGACGAACAUGGCAGCCCUAUCAGUAUUAUGCCACAGACUGCUUAGAUGCUUUUCACAUGGAUCCUAAAUCCGUGAAGGAUUUAUCACAGCAUACGGUCUUAGAAAUCAUUUGCACAGAAGAGUACUCAACAGGGUAUACAACAAAUAGCAAAAUAAUCCACUUUGAAAUCAAAGACAGGUUCGCGUUUUUUGCUGGACCUCGCCUACGCAAUAUGGCUUCCCUCUACGGACAGCUGGAUACAACCAAGAAACUCAGAGAUUUCUUUACAGUCACAGACCUGAGGAUAAGGCUGUUAAGACCAGCCGUUGGGGAAAUAUUUGUAGAUGAGCUACACUUGGCACGCUACUUUUACGCGAUCUCAGACAUAAAGGUGCGAGGAAGGUGCAAGUGUAAUCUCCAUGCCACUGUGUGUGUGUAUGACAACAGCAAAUUGACAUGCGAAUGUGAGCACAACACUACAGGUCCAGACUGUGGGAAAUGCAAGAAGAAUUAUCAGGGCCGACCUUGGAGUCCAGGCUCCUAUCUCCCCAUCCCCAAAGGCACUGCAAAUACCUGUAUCCCCAGUAUUUCCAGUAUUGGUAAGUGUUAUUGUAACCCUUUGGGCUCAAUCCAUGAUCGUUGUAAUGGCUCAGGAUUUUGUGAGUGUAAGACUGGAACAACAGGGCCUAAGUGUGAUGAGUGUCUGCCGGGAAAUUCCUGGCACUACGGCUGUCAACCGAAUGUCUGCGACAACGAGCUCCUGCACUGCCAGAACGGAGGGACGUGCCACAACAACGUGCGCUGCCUGUGCCCGGCCGCAUACACGGGCAUCCUCUGCGAGAAGCUGCGGUGCGAGGAGGCUGGCAGCUGCGGCUCCGACUCUGGCCAGGGCGCGCCCCCGCACGGCUCCCCAGCGCUGCUGCUGCUCACCACGCUGCUGGGAAUCGCCAGCCCCCUGGUGUUCUAGGUGUCACCUCCAGCCACACCGGACGGGCCUGUGCCGUGGGGAAGCAGACACAACCCAAACAUUUGCUACUAACAUAGGAAACACACACAUACAGACACCCCCACUCAGACAGUGUACAAACUAAGAAGGCCUAACUGAACUAAGCCAUAUUUAUCACCCGUGGACAGCACAUCCGAGUCAAGACUGUUAAUUUCUGACUCCAGAGGAGUUGGCAGCUGUUGAUAUUAUCACUGCAAAUCACAUUGCCAGCUGCAGAGCAUAUUGUGGAUUGGAAAGGCUGCGACAGCCCCCCAAACAGGAAAGACAAAAAACAAACAAAUCAACCGACCUAAAAACAUUGGCUACUCUAGCGUGGUGCGCCCUAGUACGACUCCGCCCAGUGUGUGGACCAACCAAAUAGCAUUCUUUGCUGUCAGGUGCGUUGUGGGCAUAAGGAAAUCUGUUACAAGCUGCCAUAUUGGCCUGCUUCCGUCCCAGAAUCCCUUCCAACCUGUGCUUUAGUGAACGUUGCUCUGUAACCCUUGUUGGUUGAAAGAUUUCUUUGUCUGAUGUUAGUGAUGCACAUGUGUAACAGCCCCCUCCAAAAGCGCAAGCCAGUCAUACCCCUGUAUAUCUUAGCAGCACUGAGUCCAGUGCGAGCACACACCCACUAUACAAGAGUGGCUAUAGGAAAAAAGAAAGUGUAUCUAUCCUUUUGUAUUCAAAUGAAGUUAUUUUUCUUGAACUACUGUAAUAUGUAGAUUUUUUGUAUUAUUGCCAAUUUGUGUUACCAGACAAUCUGUUAAUGUAUCUAAUUCGAAUCAGCAAAGACUGACAUUUUAUUUUGUCCUCUUUCGUUCUGUUUUGUUUCAUUGUGCAGAGAUUUCUCUGUAAGGGCAACGAACGUGCUGGCAUCAAAGAAUAUCAGUUUACAUAUAUAACAAGUGUAAUAAGAUUCCACCAAAGGACAUUCUAAAUGUUUUCUUGUUGCUUUAACACUGGAAGAUUUAAAGAAUAAAAAUUCCUGCAUAAACGAUUUCAGGAAUUUGUAUUGCAAUUUCUUAAGAUGAAAGGAACAGCCACCAAGCAGUUUCACACUCACUUUACUGAUUUCUGUGUGGACUGAAUACAUUCAGCUGACGAAUUUAGUACCCAGGAAGAUGGAUUAAUGUUCACUAGCUUGGACAACUUCUGCAAAAUAUAAGACUAUUUCCACUUGGGAAAAAUUACAACAGAAAAAAAAAUCUAAGUGAUUGCCAAGAUUAUGCCAAAGCCUGUUGGCAGAGUACUGAGACUUUUAUUUUUAAGUCAUGCUAUUUUCACAGAUUGAUGGUGAUCAUGUGACUCUAGGGAUGCUGAUCUAUGUAUCUUUCCAAAUACAGUGUUUACAUGGAGUAUCACAAGACGCAACCUGGGGAACCAGGAAAGGAGCAGGGAAAUUGAGUGAUUUGCAAUUUGACUUCGAAUAUAUUCAGACUUAAGUAUUUAGAGGAAAUAUCAAAAUAUAAAGCAGCAAGUAGACAUAACUGCUGUUCCUGAGAAUAAAGUUUGUUUUAAGUACUGCCCAAGGUGUAAUAAAUUCUUGUUUCUGCCUUUUAUUAGGCCAAUUACUGUGCAAGACAGCAAGGGGAGGCAGGUGGGGAAGAAACUUUGCAAAGUUUCAAAGAGGCUAAAACAGUGUGCAUUUUGUUCCUAUCACACUGUUGUCCUACAGAUUACAAAUGUGUUAGCAGCAGCAUCUCCUGGAAUCAAAAACAAUUAUCAGCCCCAACCAGAGUCUUAAGGACAAUGAAAUUCUAUAUGACUUGGUAGAACAAUAACCUAUGAUAGUGUCAGGUCAGAAGCCUAGUUCCAGUCUGAAUUCUUCACCCUGCUGCCACUCCUUGCUGAAACAGGGAAGGGGGGAGGAAUGUCUCCUGAUAAACAACCUGGGUAAAAACUAGAUAAAGGAACAGCAUGUCUUAUUGGUUUUGUUCCCAGAAAAGCCAAUUCAAAGAAGGCAAUAAAAGGUAAACAGGUAAUGCCUGUGCCGCCUGCCACCCCACGUCUAAGUCUAUUGAAUGUUUGUUAUUCAAACCAACAGUCUCUUUUGAUGUAAGAAAUAAGGAAAGAUGGAAAUAAAUUAGAGCUUAGGCUUAGUUCCAGAGUGGCCAACCAGAAAUUGGAGAUUUACAUUGGAAGCAUAAAUAGAAAAUUAUAUUUCAGGCUCACCAAAGAAACACAUGAAAACGCUGAUAACAUAGGGAGUUUGAGAUUAUUUAUAAUGAGGUGGAUUUGUGAUAUUAAAAUUGGAGUUUAAGUUGUCUUAUAGUUUAUUAGCACAAACCAAAGGCAGCCCGUGUUAUUUCUGGCAACGAUGCACUUUAUCGUUUUCUGCUCAUGGCUUUGUCGCAACGCUCAGGAAUCAGACACUGCACACUUCAAUAGUUGGGAUUCCAAAAGCUAAUUCUAAAAUUUAAUGAAGGCCUGAUUUAAACUGAUUCAUCUGCAUUUUAUCUUUAUGAAGCUAUAAGAAUCUAAAUUGAUGAGGAAUAUCUUUCAUUCAGUGUAUUUAGAUAUAGUUUUCUGAAUUUCCUGAAGCGAUGUGAUCUGCUUUUAAUAAAAAUUCACUUUUAGGU